AUGCCUCACUCUCUCCCCGAGGCCUCGCAAUGGCGAGUUUGGAAGAGCGUCGAGAUUUUCUUCACCCUCCUACUAAACAGCCAGCUGCGCCGUCGGUGGCGCAUCGAAUGUGAAUGGGAAGAGCACGAGUCCCUUCUACAUCGCACCUACCGCCGCCCGAUGAUCCUUCUCGAGUCGAUCCCUACCUUCAGCCGCUGGUCCGGCAAGAGCCAAGAGCUCGAAACUCUCAAGCAACGAGUGCGAGUAAUACGUGCCCGCGCCGAAAAGGAACGCGAGCUUGUCGCUGAGAUCCUCCAGCGCGCCCUUGAAAGCGGCACCAUGCCCGGCACCACGCCCACACCCAUGACGCCCACCUUAACGGCGGGCUGCCCGACCGACUUCUGCCACACCUGCAUCUGCUCUGGCGACGUUGCUGCCAUCUUCCUGACCAGAUGCGGGCACCGUGUCUGCUGCUCCUGUCUAGCUUAUAGUGUGCUCCCCACAGGCGAAUAUGUCUGUGGCAUCUGUCUCGAACCAACAGAGCUGGCCUCGUCGAGGAGAAUGUCGCAUGUGUCGAGAUCGAGUCUGUUCUCCACAUCGACAACAACGACGUCGGCGACCGAGAUCGACGACGAAGAGUCAGACAACACCGACUCUUCGUCCAUAGAGGGAUACUCGUGGAAACCACGAGGGUUAAGCAUCUCGCAGCAUUGA